AUGGAUGAUGCAUUUGCUGUUCCCAUUACCUCAGAAGAGGAUGAUAACCGCCCAGACUACUGUUACACAGGGUGCGCUCCGGUAACUAAGGAUGAAGAAGUCACUUCACAAGAGGACAAUCAUCGGUCAGUCUGCGGUUCUUUAAGGUGCGCUCCAAUAUCAAUGGAUAACAAGCAUUCAUCAGAAGACUACAGUGCUCAUUCUCAUUGCGGGUUUUUGGGGUGCGCUCCACUAACCACCUGUGAGCAGGCCGUUCCACCCACCAUGGGUGCAGGGUUCUAUGGUGGGUCCUUAUACCCGUCAGUGGAAGUGACGCAUAUGGGUAUUAUCCACUUUCAGACAGUUUCUACACAGUGUCUAAGGUUCGACAAGUUACUAGGCUAG